AUGACCAACAGCGAAAAUAAAAGAGCGAAGAUGACUUCCGAUAGGGUAGAUGAUACCAAAGAGGCAGUUGACGUCGGCAAAUUGCCAGAUGGUGCGAGCAACAAAAAUAACCUCGACGAUUCCCUCAAGGAUACGACAAAUCUUCAGAUUAAUAUCAGUGGAAUAGCCGGUUGCGAAAUGAGCCAUUUCGAUCGUGUGUUCUACAAGAAAUUGAAUAUGGCAAUAGAAAAAGAAGCAAAAGAAAAGGUCGAGGAUUCUAAGUUACGAGAAGCAUUAUUGUGGCCAGGUGGUGAAGAGUGGAGAGUCAAGAGCGAGACUCCUUUGUGGGUCAAGAAACAGUCCCCCUUGAGAGAAGUCAUGUUCCCAUAG